AUGACGGAUGCUGAAGAUGGGGUCCAGGAGAUCGGAAGGGCUUUGCGCGAACAAGGCCGACAGGUCCCCGAGCGCUACGCUCAGUUGCAAGCAUCCCUGGACCAGGCAAGACCCGUCUCCGUGGACGGAAGAGGACUCUCAGCUGCUGCGGAGGAUCAGACCAGUGCGGAACAAGGUUGGGCGAUCCUUACCAGCGGCGCACUCCACCGACACCGUCAGGGGCGUGCACGGGCGAUGCUGCGAGGGAUCUUCAAGGAUGGAAAGAAAGGGCGCAAGGAGGCGGCAGAACACGAGGAAGCACGCCAGAAGCGCCUGGAAACAGUCUGCGACUGGUGGAGCCUCCUGGCUGCUGGUCUCCUCAGGAACCACCGGCGAACUGUGGGCAAGGUCACAUUGCGCAAUGCUCUCCGGAAGGCCAUGCCGACCAAGGAGCAAGUGGGCCCAGAGGAGGAGGCUCAGCGCCGGUCCGGGUCCGGGCCCCCAUGGCGCCACUCCAGGAGCCCUCGCGGCAAGAAGGAGAUGGAGGAGCCUGAGCUUGCAGCGGUGCCCAAAGCCAGGAGCGUCUCACCUCGGCUUCAGACGGGCAGGAACGGGGCCGAUGGCAGCGAGCGAACAUCCAUGCAAGGGGUCCAGGAAGACACGAGCGGCAGGAGCCGCCACAAGUGGAAGCUCCGCACGACGGACCCACAAAGCACGUCUCCCAUCGAGGCGGAGAUCCAAGAAGCCGUUCAAGACGUGCUCUCUGGCCGAGUGCCUCUCAUGGUCAGGAGCGCCGGCGAAUCCGACAGCAGAUGCUCCAGGAUGACGCCGACAUCGCAGGCGCAGCUGCCCGAGCGCUAUGCUCACCUCGCGCCCCAGGGCUCGAGGCACGACCGCACGGAGGCAGAUGAGGAUCCAGACGAGGGCACGGCUGUGGGCUCGGCGGAUGCCGACUCUCGCAUCACUUCGAGGAGCACACGGGGCAAGGAGCGUCCCGACGCCGGAACAUCCAAAGCCAGGAGCGCCUCUUCUCGACUAGAGACGAGCAGGCAAGGCGGCGAGAGUCCGUCAGCCGGAGACGGAGGAAGCGAGAGGAGUCGACCCAUGAAGUGGAAGCUCCAACGCGAGCCCAAGCAGGAUGCCGAAGCGUCGAUGGCUGAUGGUGCGGAGGCUGGCGACUCGGCUGCGCGCGACAACUUGCGUGGUGGCACCAGGAGCCAUUCGCCGAGGGGGGCAUCCACUCGAAAGACAGAUUCCUCUCGCCACGAGAAGAGGCGGGACUCCAGCGCGUCGACAUCGCAGGCGCAGCUGCCCGAGCGCUAUGCUAACCUCGCGCCCCAGGGCUCGAGGCACGACCGCACGGAAGCAGAUGAGGAUCCAGACGAGGGCACGGCUGUGGGCUCGGCGGAUGCCGACUCUCGCAUCACUUCGAGGAGCACACGGGGCAAGGAGCGUCCCGACGCCGGAACAUCCAAAGCCAGGAGCGCCUCUUCUCGACUAGAGACGAGCAGGCAAGGUGGCGAGAGUCCGUCAGCCGGAGACGGAGGAAGCGAGAGGAGUCGACCCAUGAAGUGGAAGCUCCAACGCGAGCCCAAGCAGGAUGCCGAAGCGUCGAUGGCUGAUGGUGCGGAGGCUGGCGACUCGGCUGCGCGCGACAACUUGCGUGGUGGCACCAGGAGCCAUUCGCCGAGGGGGGCAUCCACUCGAAAGACAGAUGCCUCUCGCCACGAGAAGAGGCGGGACUCCAGCGCGUCGACAUCGCAGGCGCAGCUGCCCGAGCGCUAUGCUCACCUCGCGCCCCAGGGCUCGAGGCACGACCGCACGGAGGCAGAUGAGGAUCCAGAUGAGGGCACGGCUGUGGGCUCGGCAGAUGCCGACUCUCGCAUCACUUCGAGGAGCACACGGGGCAAGGAGCGUCCCGACGCCGGAACAUCCAAAGCCAGGCCCAUCGAAGUUUCGGCGGCUUGCAGCAGAAUGGUAUGGUAUCCGUACUUGCAGCACGAGGGCAUAUGGAUAGAGCACAUUCCUCAUGAGCGCAAACGAGUGGUCAGGGGCACUUCUUCAAUGUCAGAAUCGGACACGCAGAGGGCCGACGGCGACGGCGAGCCCAGUCCCGCGACGGCUCAGAAGGCGAUCGCGGGCGCGGGAGCAUCCUCGCAGAGCCCCAGGGCGAAGUCGCCGAAGGGGGCAGCGGAGGAAGACGCCUCGGGCAAGAAGUCUUCGCAGCCAGAGCCUUCGAGGACUUCGCGAGGGCUCGUCACACUGGUGAUCACUGAGUAG